AUGCGCGACUUCGACUUUCCCGGCCGCUCCGCCGUACACGCCACCAACGGCGCCGUCGCCACCUCCCAUCCCUAUGCCAGCCUGGCCGCGCUCGACGUGCUGCGCGCCGGCGGCGGCGCGGUGGACGCGGCCAUCGCGGCGGUGGCGACGCUCUGCGUGGUUGAGCCGCACAUGACCGGCAUCGGCGGCGACUGCUUCGUGCUCUACGCGCCCAACGGCGGCGACGCGGUGGUCGGCCUCAACGGCUCCGGCCGGGCGCCGGCGGCGGCCAGCCUGGAGACGCUGCGCGAGGCCGGGCUGAGCGAGAUCGAGGUGACCUCGCCGCACGCCGUGACCCUGCCCGGCGCGGUCGACGCCUGGUGCCGCCUGCACGAGCGCUACGGCCGGCGCGAGCUGGCGGAGCUGCUGGCGCCGGCGAUCGGCUACGCCCGCGACGGCUACCCGCUGCACGCCCGCGUCGCCAGCGACUGGGCCGAGCUGGCGCCCAAGUUGCGCCGCAACGCCGAGGCGGCGGCCGACUUCCUGCCCGGCGGCCUGGCGCCGCGCGAGGGCGACCUGCACCGUCAGCCGGCCCUGGCCGACACCCUGGAGCGGAUCGCCCGGGAGGGCCGUUCCGGCUUCUACGAGGGCCCGGUGGCCGAGGCCAUGGUGCGCAGCCUGCGCGAUCUGGGCGGCGUGCACAGCCUGGAGGACUUCGCCGCGGUCGCCGGCGAAUGGGUGACGCCGAUCGCCAGCGACUACCGCGGUCACCGCGUCCACCAGAUUCCGCCGAACAACCAGGGCGUGGUCGCGCUGGCCAUGCUGAACAUCCUCGAGGGCUACGACCUGGCCGGGCUGGCGCCGUUGGGCGCCCUGCGCACCCACCUGGAGAUCGAGGCCGGGCGCCUGGCCUACGACAUGCGCAACCGCCACCUGGCCGACGGCGGGUCCCUGGAGGUGCCGCUGGAGCGGCUGCUGUCCAAGGACUGGGCCGGCGAGCUGCGCGACAAGAUCGACCCCGAGCAGGCCUUCGCCGAGAUCCCCGACCUGGGGCUGGCGACCUCCGACACGGUCUACGUCACGGUGGUCGACCGCGACCGCAACACCGUCAGCUUCAUCAACUCCCUGUUCCACGGCUUCGGCAGCGGCAUCCUCUGCGGCGAGGCCGGGGUGAUGUUCCACAGCCGCGGCGCCAGCUUCCGCCUGGACCCGGCCCACCCCAACCGCCUGGCGCCGAACAAGCGGCCGAUGCACACCAUCAUGCCCGGCCUGGUGACCCGCGACGGCCGGGCGGAGAUCGGCUACGGCGUGAUGGGCGGCGACUACCAGCCCUUCGGCCAUGCCCGCCUGCUGACCAACCUGAUCGACUACGCCAUGGACCCGCAGGCCGGCCUGGACUGCCCGCGCGUCUUCGCCCUGGGCCAGCGGGUCGAGGUGGAGAAGUCGCUGCCGGGCGAGACCCUGGCCGGACUGCAGCGCCGCGGCCACAGCCUGAGCCUGGCCGGCCAGGCGCUGGGCGGCGGCCAGUGCAUCCGCAUCGACCACGCCCGCGGCCUGCUCACCGCCGGCUCCGACCCGCGCAAGGACGGCUGCGCCCUGGGCUACUGA